GUAUGAGUUCAGUGUGACAAAGUUAUACUUUAUGACUGGCAUGGGUCGUCGCCGAUGUAGUAGCUACACGUAUAUGUCCGUCCCUGCAUGAUACCCUGAAGUAUGAACAAGAUGUGUAGGUGUUUGUAUAUGUAUAUAAACCAGCACAGAGUUACCCACAACUAAAACAUCCAUAGACAGACAAAAGAUCAACCAAGAUACGAAAAGAACAUGUGCCGAACGGACUUUUUGAUAUGGACAGUGCUGAUUGUUGCAAUAUAUGUGCCGCUCGAAGCGUCUGAUAACGUUCCAGUGCAUGAUGGGCAGGUACGCGUUCAGGUAUAUGAUGAGGCCACAGACAUGCGGAUACAAACCAUUCGAAGCAAACGUUUCCUAGACGGCACUUGUACAUUUUCUACGUUCAACAAACUCUGUCGCUUUACGUGCAAGGAACUUAAAAAGUUUUAUGUUUGUUUUACUGCCAAACUGAAUUAUUUAGCACUAAUACCGGAAACAGCCGACGUGGAAAUAGAAGGGACCGUAGAUGGCUUAAAAUUGUUCGCAGAACGCAUCGGCAGGAGUUCUGAUCCUAAUCCGCCGCCAAAGUGCUCCACUUCAUCGGUGUUCAGUGCCUGCAUGGUUCUAAAGGAUGUGAACCCGCCGGAACUCUCAGCCUGCAUAGAGCUGUUUAACAAGACUUCGAACACAACCUAUCAAAUGGGUUGUUUUAGCACUAGCUUGUUUGGGGCGACAACUCUAAAGGUCACAUCUCUGGCUGAUAGUACCCAAACAAGUACCAGGAGAGAAUCAGAAAACACGGGAACCAGUCAAAGCAGUACAUCCGGGUCUACUAAUGUAACCAUAGUAACAACUAUCAAACCCAACGGCGAAGACGUGAACGGAAGUCAACGAAUCGGAACAAUUCCACACUUACUGUUGAUUAGUCUUGCUGUUUUGAAUAUUUUGACAAACUGAACUGUUAUGCAAUUAAUAAUACAUUUAACAGAUUUUUCCGAAUAUCUUAUCUAUUUUACUAUGUUAUCGUUCGUUAAAACAAGGCAAUUAUAGAUGUGUCGCUAUCCGUGAGCUAUCCGUGAGCUUUUUAGAGCUGGGCGACCAUAAAUUACAGAAAUUCGGAAGAUGAAGUUGAUUUUUUCAGAUGUAGAAGAUACGCCAUGAUCAUUCACUAUCAGGACAUGUACCUAUAGUCAUCAUCAUAAACAUAGAAUUUCACAGAACUGAAAGUAGCCUUUACCCUGCUAAAUUUCUAAAAUGGACUUGUCCAUCUUUCAUUUCGAGCUAUACGAUUUAUCAUUUGAAGAGGUGUUCACUGAAUAUUUACUGACUGAAUGGCUAACAGUGCAGAUCAUGAUCAGACUGCACGGAUGUGUAGGCUGAUCUUGGUAUGCACUGGUCGCAAAGGCAAAACCACUUGCCACCAGCA